UGGAGGGCGGGGCCUCCCCGGGCUCCGCCGCGCCGCCGCCUCCUCUCCCUCCUCCUCCCCAGCGCUAAAGCCGGGACUGGACCGAGCGGAGUUGUGCGUGUCGCCGAAGGGGGGUGGGCCGGGGGAGGGGAGGUUCGUUCCGCGGAGCUGCAGCCAGAACCGGGACCUUCAAGCCAGUCUGGUGAAGCAUUUGGCAGAAAUAAGGAAAGCAUCUCCUUUAGUCUUUGUUGUGGAUAAAUAAUACAGGUGAGAAGAUUGGUCAGCUGUAUGGACUUAUGCUUUACUAGGCUAUUCGGUCAUGGCAGCUCAUCUCACAGAUGUGGAUUCUUCAGUCAGUGCAUCUAGAAACUCACCUGUGGAAGAUGAUGAUGUUGUGUUCGUUGAAUCAAUACAGCCUCCAGUUUGUGCUCCAGCAAUAGCUGAGGAAAGAGACUUUGUAUUUGCAUCUUCAAAACAUGAAAAUCCACAAGGAAAUUAUUCCACAAUUCCUUCUCCUUUAAAAGAUUUGACUUCUCAGAAGGGAAGUAUAUCUGAAACAAUUGUUAUUGAGGAUGAAGAGGACACAGAAACAGAUGGAGGGGAGGAGAAAAAUUCUACCAAGUUUACUGAAUGGGGACCUCCUGGAAACAAAAAUAGUGCCAAAAAUUUGGAUUUCUUCGUUUCCAGUCUAUCAAGAAGUAAGACCAAGACUGGAGUAGGACCUUUUAAUCCUGGUAGGAUGGAUGUAGCAGACACACUUCACAGUGGAAGAUUUCCAGCACAUUACAAUCCUGAUUCUUGGAUCUCCCAGUCAGCAUCAUUUCCUCGUAACCAGAAACAACAAGGGGUGGAUUCUUCAUCACCAGUGGCCUCACUUCCUAAACAGAUAUUCCAGCCUUCUGCCCAACAACAACCCUCUAAACCAGUUAAAGUCACGUGUGCAAACUGCAAAAAACCUCUACAGAAGGGGCAGACAGUUUAUCAACGAAAAGGAUCAGCUCACCUCUUUUGUACAACUACCUGCCUUUCUUCAUUCUCUCACAGACGUACUCAAAAGACACAGAAUGUGACAUGUAAAAAAGACUCUCCUAUGAAGACAACAACCAUUAUUCCUCCAGUGGAGUCAAGCAAGUCCUUACCAGAAUUCCGUAAUGCAUCUCUGUCUCCCAAUGAAUGCUACCAGAGUCUCAGAAAAGAAGUUUUUACUAAGUCAAGAUGUAUAAUGUGUAAUAAAUUAGGAGAGGUUCGCCAUGAGAUCAGUGUUAACAAUAUAACACAUAAACUUUGUAGUAAUAAUUGCUUUAAUGAAUACAGAUUGACUAAUGGUCUAAUAAUGAACUGCUGUGAACAGUGUAGCAAGUAUAUGCCCAAGAAUACUGGACACAAGGUCCUGAUUACAGGUCAGCAAAAGAGAUUCUGCUGCCAGAAUUGUGUCAAUGAAUAUGAAGAGAUAAUGGAAAAAAGAUCAAAAUUAUUACUUUUACAAAACAGAAAAAGGAAUGCUACCAGAGAAGAAAAUGAAAGAAAAUUACUUGAAUCAAGCACACUUUCAGAAAAAAUAGAAAUACCAGAAAAAAAGGGAAAGAGCUCAGAGGUAAUAAAAGUUGCAGCAGAAUGUAGCCUAGAUGCGUCACAGAAGGAGCAGCAUGGGAACUCGCCUCCUGAGACAGCCAUGCCUGAUACAUUGCAAGAGCAACCGGGAGACAGACGCUCGGAAGACCCCGCUGUGUCAGCUGUACUGUCUUCAGAUCCAGGCUCGUGGCCCCGGAUUUUGAAUAUGAAACAGCGUGAUAGUCUUGUCAAAAAUGAUCCACCUCAACUAAGAAAUUUCAAUUUUCCAAAAGACAACACAGGGAGGAAGUUUUCGGAAGCGUACUACACACGGAUUCUUCCGAGCGGUGAGAAGACCACCAGAUCCUGGCUUCUCUACUCAGCCUCCAAAGACUCAGUGUUUUGUCUGUAUUGCAGACUCUUUGGAGAAGGGAAGAAUCAACUGAAAAAUGAGAAUGGGUGCAAAGAUUGGCAGCAUCUGUCACAUAUUCUCGGGAAACAUGAGGAAAGUGAAAUGCACAUCAACAACAGUGUUAAGUAUUCCAAAUUAAAAUCUAACUUGAAUAGUAAAACCGAUGAAGCUGAUAUAGAGCGUAGAUUUUAUGAGGAUGGGGAAAAUGGUGUGCUGCUGUUGUACACAUAAUGUCCUGUCUGCUCUAGACAUCACAGGGUCUGCAUUACACAGGAAAGUUUUGUACCAGGAGACAGUACCAUUACAUUGUGGUACUCUUAAGUGGAGGAACUUACGGAAGUUUGUUACCACUAUGUCUAAUAGCAAAUAAAUAGUAAAAAUAUUCCUGUUUCAAAUUGAAAAGCCAUUGGAGUAAAUAAUGAUUCUUGCAGAUUUUAUUAAAGGCAGUUUGAGUUCUUUCACUAUGGGGGUUCUCACCUUGUAAAGUUGUUCUUAGAGGACUUCCACUUAAUGGCCUGAGAGCCAGAAAAGACAAGAUACAUUGUAGAAUAAGCAUUUUUUUUUAACAUUGUUAAAAUAUAUUCAGGUUGGGCAGGGUUGGCACACCCCUUUUAUCCCAGCGCUCAGGAGACAGAGGCAGGUGGGUCUCUGUGAGUUCAAGGCCAGCCUGGUCUUCAGAGUGAGUUCCAGGACAGCCAGGGAUACAAAAAAAAAUCCCUGUCUUGAUAAACCAAAAAGAAAAUAUAUUCAAACAGCUUAAGAACUGAAUAGGAUCAGAAGCUACAGCUGUUUGCUAUUAAACCAAAUUCUUGUGUUUUCUUUCUUUAAAACAUUUUUUCUAUUUGCACAAAUCAGUUCAUUUGUUACAGUAAAUAAAGGUAUUUUGAAUUUUA